GACAAAAAUGUGGGAAAGAAAAAUCAACCAAGUGUUAUUUAGCUGGGAGUGUACCUGACUUUUAACCGACUUUUUUUUUUUCCGUUUUCCUUGUUUUCUUUAGCAGCUGCGUUCGUGUAUCAAUCACAGAGGGUCGCGACUCCGGCAGCAACGCCCAUCGGAUUCCAGACGCAAUCGCAUUCAGCCACCCCAGUCGCAGAGGAAGAUGGAAUUUUUUCUGAGCUCGGCCAAUCUGGAUUGGGCCACGAGGCCCUCUUGGUGAAGGCGCAAAUAGGUCCUUGCGCAGCGCCGAUGUCCAUCCGAUCUCAAGCAAGCGACAUCAGUAGUUCGCUGCAACUGCGGGAGUGCAACCCGUGCCACACUGCCAACAUGCACAGCCACCAAGGCCCAAGAUGGAGGAUCUUCAAAUUGAUGUUCGUCCGGAAAGCAGCCCAGUGCAGGGCGCGCUAGCAGGCUGCAUACGAGAGGCUGCAGUGAGACACCCAGCGGCGCACAGAAGCACUAGAGCAUGGUUCUGGGAGUUAUCAGCUGCGUUCGUGUAUCAAUCACAGAGGGUCGCGACUCCGGCAGCAACGCCCAUCGGAUUCCAGACGCAAUCGCAUUCAGCCACCCCAGUCGCAGAGGAAGAUGGAAUUUUUUCUGAGCUCGGCCAAUCUGGAUUGGGCCACGAGGCCCUCUUGGUGAAGGCGCAAAUAGGUCCUUGCGCAGCGCCGAUGUCCAUCCGAUCUCAAGCAAGCGACAUCAGUAGUUCGCUGCAACUGCGGGAGUGCAACCCGUGCCACACUGCCAACAUGCACAGCCACCAAGGUCCAAGAUGGAGGAUCUUCAAAUUGAUGUUCGUCCGGAAAGCAGCCCAGUGCAGGGCGCGCUAGCAGGCUGCAUACGAGAGGCUGCAGUGAGACACCCAGCGGCGCACAGAAGCACUAGAGCAUGGUUCUGGGAGUUAUCAGCUGCGUUCGUGUAUCAAUCACAGAGGGUCGCGACUCCGGCAGCAACGCCCAUCGGAUUCCAGACGCAAUCGCAUUCAGCCACCCCAGUCGCAGAGGAAGAUGGAAUUUUUCUGAGCUCGGCCAAUCUGGAUUGGGCCACGAGGCCCUCUUGGUGAAGGCGCAAAUAGGUCCUUGCGCAGCGCCGAUGUCCAUCCGAUCUCAAGCAAGCGACAUCAGUAGUUCGCUGCAACUGCGGGAGUGCUCACCCGUGCCACACUGCCAACAUGCACAGCCACCAAGGCCCAGGAUGGAGGUGGGGUCAGUUGUGACCUGUUCAAUUCGCAGUGGGCUCUGAUCUUCAAAUUGAUGUUCGUCCGGAAAGCAGCCCAGUGCAGGGCGCGCUAGCAGGCUGCAUACGAGAGGCUGCAGUGAGACACCCAGCGGCGCACAGAAGCACUAGAGCAUGGUUCUGGGAGUUAUGUGAGUUAUCCUAUGUUCCAUAUUUGAUCCUUGAAGAGGCUAGUAAUGUCUUUAGUUAGGUCUGUGAUGAUAAUUAUUGUUGGUCCGUAUU